GUAUGCAAUAGGGUUUAUGAAUUCACCCGACUGCCUGUACAUGUUGUGCAACGAAACCGGAAUAUGAAAAUAAAAUGUUUGUAAAGAAUUAUUCAUUAUAACUUAUUGAAUAUGCACAUACCGCAGCAGUGUGUGUGGUAACAGAGCCACUACCGUCCAUGGUGAGGCAGAGCGGGGUGGAUUCCAUCUUCAACUGUGAACUGGUAGACUCGGUCUGCAAACAGGGAGGGACGCACCAAGCGAGGAUGGAACACACCGUUAUCUUUGUCGCUGUGAUCUGCCUGUCUCACGUAUCCACAGCAUCCGCUGCAUCAACAACUGAAAACGACCAAGCCUCAGUUACAACAUUAAAUACUACGACACAGGUGACCACAGCAUCGGACACGACAUCUACAGAGAACACGGCACCCGUAACCACAUCAUCGCCCAAAAUAUCUAAAGAGACUACAAAACCAGCUACCACGGCACCGGCGACCACAACAACGACCAUUACAUCUACAAAGAUCACAACAUUGAUUACUACGGCAGCGGUGACCACAACAUCGCCCAUUAUAUCUACAGGGAUCCCAACACCAGGGUGCCGUACAACAUGUACCUGUGCCUGUGACAAUGCUGCACUAACGACGGCUGCGGUGUUGUUAUUCGUCGCUGUCGUCGUCAUCUGUGCAACAACAGUUACAAUCACUCUUGUCAGGAAACGACAAGGAACAACCAGAAUCAAUUCUGAAAAAUCUGAGCCAUGCUUUUCAGAGAUAAUGUUGAAAGAUUUGGAGGGAGACCAUAUUUACGGAUCAUUGUGUCACGAGAAAAACCGAAGUGGAAAAGGUUCACCUUGAAUCACCCAGUGCUGGUGUUCGCCCUGCUGAUUCAUUCUUUGUUUUAUUUGGAGAAGACCACAGUUACACAAUCUCACAAAGCAGAUUUAGAACACGCAUGGGAUUUAAUCGCAUGUUGUAUGCCACGCUUGUUAAGUUACACUCAAGGUAUAUUCGUAAAAAUAUUUUUGUUCUGUGCGAGAAUGAUAUUAUAAUCUAGAUAAAGCCAAAUUAAUUUGAAUACAUUACUAUGUAUAUCAUUAAUGAUUUCUAUUUUGGAACUGUUAUCAACAGGACGCAAUAAUAUGUUGUGAUGUCUUUUCCGUGUACUUUUCAUUGUUUCUGAUUUUGUACAUGUUAUCGACCACGUUGGGCGAUAUUUCCUCAGAUUUCAACAAUUGGUAUGUUACAAACAGUGUUCUAUGUGAACUAACUGUACAUAUGUUAUAUUACACAUUUAUAUACCGCAGGUAUCCAGGUACUUGUAUCUAAUCAAAUGCGUUGUUUUGUUCCCCAACCAUUGGAUUCCUUUGCAUUCCACUUCUCAUUCUCAAGUCUCUGGGGAGUAUACAGCCCACGCUGCCAACGGGCGCAAGAAGGUGUUUACAUCCACCGCACCUACCGGGUACCCAUUACCUGCUGGGUGAACAGAGGCACAUUUGAACGAAGUCACUUGCCCAGGGUGACGACCACACGUUUUGACACGUGUGUAUGUACGCAUUCGUGUUUCCGCUAUCUGGUUUUCAACCAUCGGACGAGUGGGUUGUUUUGAGCGCACAGGGUGAAUGUAAUGUACACCUGUAGUUAUGUUCGAGUAAGUAUGUACUACAGACACACUUGGAAAUUCAAACCGUUUAUAUUGUCUUUCAGUCAGCAAGAAAAACUACCACUUAAUGAACCGUGACAUGCAAGAAGGUAAAUAAAUAUAACCUGAAAAACCUUAUGAUGAUAAUUUGUUUCAUAAUCUUUGGAUUAAAGUUUAUGCAUGCAGCAAAAUUUAGGAUCAUACAUUUAUACUUAGAUGAAGCAAUUCUUUGUUCAUCAUAUACUUUCCAGAAAAUAGGUGUUCGUAGGCGACCUGUAAAUAAUUGACUCAACCCCAAGCAAUCCAGUGACUGGGGG